GAGGAGCCACAGGGUCACAACAAUCCAGGCAUGCAUAUCUCUCAGAGCUUAGAGAGAAGAACCAGAAAGAGUCAGAGAGUAUGAGAAGACUUUGGCAGUGGCAGAGGAGACCAGCAGACAGAGCGAGAGGCAGAGAGACACAGCGUUUAAGAUCGGAGAAAAGUGUUACAUGAUACUCAGUACAACACAGACGGUGUUCAGCUUGCACAGCAGCAGUUGUGUUGUCUUCAUCUAUUGCAUAAUGCUCUCUCUGUCUGUGCUCAGGGUUUCUUUUACUAGUCUGCCUGCAUUUGUUUGUGUCUGAGUUCAGUGUCAGUGGUGCAGUCCAUGCUCAUCAUUAUGUCACCUUGGUUUUACUUACUUUUUGUGACUCUUUGGGGUCGGGUAGCUCUCAAUUUGGGUGCUGGGAAUACACAUUAUCGCUACUUUCAUAGGAACUGCUACACCUGCUUCAAUGGAUACCACACAGGCUAUGUGGGGACAGAUGUCAAUGAGUGCCAGGUUCAUAAUGGAGGUUGCCAGCACAGAUGUGUGAACACCAGAGGUUCCUACUAUUGUCAGUGCAACCCAGGCUUCCGUCUACACAUCGAUGGCCGAACUUGUAUUGCUGUGCUCUCCUGUGCUAUUAGUAAUGGAGGCUGUGAACAGGAGUGUGUACAGCUCUCUCCUGCCCACUUCCAGUGUCGCUGCAGACAUAACUACCAGCUUACUGCUGACGGCAAACACUGUAAAUUGAGAAACCCUUGCGCUGAGAGGAAUGGUGGCUGUAUGCACACAUGUCAUAAUGUAGGCCUUCGUGUCCAGUGUGCCUGCCACACAGGCUACAGCCUGGCUCGGGAUCACAAGAGCUGUAAAGACAUUGAUGAAUGUGAAACUGGACAGGCUGCAUGUGCUCAUGAUUGCAGAAACAAUCCAGGUUCCUUCUCCUGCAUAUGUAACCCUGGAUAUGAACUAGGCUCUGAUGGCAGGAAAUGCUAUCGCAUUGAAAUGGAGAUAGUGAACAGUUGUGAGUCUGGGAAUGGAGGCUGCUCUCAUCACUGUCAGCACGGAACAUUAGGACCUGUAUGUAGCUGUAACCCUGGUUACAAACUUGAUGAGGACCUCAGGACUUGUUCAGACUUGGAUGAAUGUCUAGAGGAGAGCUCAUGCUGUGAACAGGACUGCACCAACUAUCCUGGUGGCUAUGAAUGCUACUGCAGGGCAGGAUACAGACUCAACUCAGAUGGAUGUGGAUGUGAUGAUGUAGAUGAGUGUGUGUCUGAUAAUGGAGGCUGUGAGCAUACCUGUCAGAACACAGCCGGGUCUUAUCAGUGUUUCUGUCAUCUGGGACACCAUCUGGCUGACGACACGCACUCCUGUAUCCCUAUAAAGAAGGAACUAGAAGCACUGUCUAUUGAAGCACUGUCUCGUCGUAUAGUUGUGGAGAACCCAUUUUCAGAGUUUACUCUGCUGCAGGACUACCCUCAGCCUCUAGAGCGUUAUGCCGAUUACGAAGAGUACACCUUUGGAGAACUGCGGGCGGAGAGCACCAUCAUUGAGAAAUUUGUGUGUCUGAACAACACAUUUGGCCAUGACUGCAGUCUGACAUGUGACGACUGUUCUAAUGGUGGUGUGUGUAAUGUUGAGAGCAAUGGCUGUAUCUGCCCUGAUGGCUGGGCCGGCAUUAUCUGCAACCAGACCUGUCCUGAGGGCACUUUUGGGAGAAACUGCUCCUUUAUAUGCAAAUGCAGGAACGGAGCCACAUGUGAUCCUGUGAAGGGAUUUUGCCAUUGCCCCCCAGGGGUCAGUGGAGACAUGUGUCAAAAUGGAUGUCCUAAAGGUUUUUAUGGCAAGUACUGCAAUAAAAAGUGCAACUGUGCAAAUAAUGGACGAUGCCAUCAAACCUAUGGUGCCUGUCUGUGUGAACCAGGCCUGUAUGGGAGGUUCUGCCAUCUCAGAUGUCCUAGAUGGUCAUAUGGACCUGGCUGUUCAGCUGAGUGUCAGUGUGUUCAACAAACCACUCUCGAAUGCCACAGACGCCAUGGAACCUGUGCAUGUAAACCUGGAUACCAGGGCAAGACAUGCAGUGACGAGUGCGAUGGUGGGUACUAUGGCUCAGGAUGCAAGACAAAAUGCGGGUGUCCACCAGGAGCUAACUGCCAUCAUAUAACUGGAGAGUGUCAGCAACAGUGUCUAGCUGGGUGGCAUGGAAAGAACUGUGACCAAGAAUGUCCAGAAGGAUGGUUUGGUGCUGGCUGCUCUGAGCACUGUGACUGUAAUGGAGCAGUGUGUGAUUCUGUUACGGGACGCUGCCACUGUCCAGCUGGCAUGAUGGGAAAACACUGUGGUGAAGAGUGUGAGAAGGGCCACUGGGGCCUGGCUUGUGCUGAAUCAUGUCCCAACUGUGAGAAUGGAGGGGUGUGUGACAAGCAGAAUGGAACCUGUGUGUGUCCACCAGGCUACGCUGGAAACCUCUGUCAGGCUGUCUGUCCAAAUGGCUGGUUUGGUCUUGGCUGCCAGUUUCAGUGCCCCUGUGAGAACAGCAACCACUGUGAUCCCAUCUCAGGCGUCUGUGUAUGUAAUGACGGCUGGACUGGAGCCAACUGUGAAAAGGUGUGUGAGCCUGGACACUGGGGAGCCAACUGUCUGAAUGUGUGUAACUGUACGAGCAGUUCAGUGAACUGUGACCCAGCGACGGGGCAGUGCCACUGUGAGGCAGGUUACACCGGAACCCACUGUGAGCAAAAGUGUCCCACAGGUUAUUUUGGGCCAGGCUGUCGCCACCAAUGCCAGUGUGAGAAUGGCGCAGAGUGUGAGAAUGUGGGUGGAGCCUGCACCUGCCUGCCAGGCUGGGUUGGAACAUAUUGUGAAAAAUCCUGUCCUCAGGGAUUCCAUGGUCUGGAGUGUCAACAGAAGUGUGAAUGCCUGAAUGGUGGUCAGUGUCACCAUGUGACAGGAGUGUGUUUGUGUCCAGCUGGUUGGCUUGGCCCCCGCUGCACCUCCAAAUGCCAGGGUGGCACCUUUGGCCCUGGCUGUAAUCUGAGCUGUAACUGCUACAAUAAUGCCAGCUGUGAUCAUGUUAAUGGGCAAUGCCAUUGCGAACCGGGCUGGGCUGGGCCAACCUGUGAAGAAGAAUGCAUGGCUGGCUUUUAUGGAGUGGACUGUCGCCAGGUAUGCCUUUGCCAGAAUGGUGGGUCAUGUGACAAGGCCAGUGGGCACUGCUUGUGUGCUAGUGGAUGGACAGGGAUAGAGUGUGAACUAGAAUGUGCUCCAGGUUUCUUUGGUGCUGACUGCCAGCAUACAUGUGAAUGUGAGAAUGAUGGUGUGUGUGACCGCCAAGAUGGAAAGUGCACAUGUCCAUCAGGCUGGGUGGGCCAGAAGUGUGAGGCGGCUUGUGAAGCAGGGCAUUUUGGUCCUGGCUGUCAGAAACUGUGCCGAUGUGAACAUGGAGCCCCAUGUGAGCACAUAACCGGGGUCUGUCUGUGCCCACCAGGCUGGAGAGGGCUCCACUGUGAGAAAACAUGCUUACCUGGCUUUUAUGGGCAAAGAUGUUCUCAACGAUGUCUCUGUGCCCAUGGAACAUCUUGUAAUCAUGUGACAGGGGAGUGUAGCUGCCCUCCUGGUUUCACUGGAAUGAGCUGUGAGCAAAAAUGUCAGCCUGGUACAUACGGACUAAACUGCAAGCAUAUGUGCCAGUGUUCUGAGGCUAAUCACCUGUGUCAUCCUGUCACUGGAGUCUGUUACUGUGCACCGGGCUAUCAUGGUGACAAGUGUAAUAUAGAAUGUGACGAUGGUCAUUAUGGUCCAAAUUGUGAGCGUGAAUGCCAGUGUCUGAAUGACGGCGUGUGCCAACCUACCACGGGCACUUGUGACUGCCCUCCAGGAUACAUCGGAGCUAACUGCAAUAUCACAUGUCCAGCUGGCUGGUAUGGACAAGAUUGUGAGCAGGUAGCUCUGUGUGGGAAAGGAGCCAUUAGUGAUUCUGUCACAGGCCGGUGUGUGUGCAAGAUCAGCCAUCAAGGAGAAGACUGUGGACAAGGUUGUGCACAGGGCUGGUUUGGAGAAGAUUGCACUCAGCGCUGUAACUGCAGUAAUGGUGCACUGUGUGAUCCUGUAACAGGAAACUGCACCUGCGGCCUAGGCUGGACUGGGGAUAACUGUGAUGCAGGGAACCUGGAGCCUAUCCCAGGGAGCAUGGGGCACAAGGCGGGUGGACAGGGUGUCAAUCCAUUGCAGGACACAAUCACACACAUUCACACAAUCCGGACACUUUGGACAUGCCAAUCAGCCUACCAUGCAUGUCUUUGGACUGGCGGAGGACCGGAGUACCCGGAGGAUUCCCCCACAACACGGAGAGAACAUGUAAACUCCGCACACACAGAUCCACGGCAGGAGUCGAACUCCCGUUUGAACCCUGAAGAGUGUCCAAGAGGCAGGUAUGGUGCUAACUGCCACCAGCGUUGUGAUUGUAGGAACAAUGCCACUUGUAACCAAGUGACAGGAGAGUGCCAGUGUGGUCCAGGAUUCUAUGGCCAUCUCUGCCAACAUGUUUGUCCUCCUGGAUUCCAUGGCUACCGCUGCAAGCUUGCUUGCAACUGCCAUGGCAAGGCCGAGUGUGAUGCCAGGACGGGCCAGUGUCUCUGUCCUCCAGGUUAUUAUGGGGAGCACUGUGAGAAAGAGUGUGAACAAGGCAGUUUUGGGCCUGACUGUGCCGAUGUAUGUGACUGUGAUGGAGACACACCAUGUGACCCUGUGGCUGGCAAGUGCCUGUGUGGACCAGGAAAGAUGGGGAGCCGCUGUGAUACAACCUGUACACUGAAUCACUAUGGACCAAAAUGUUCAGAAAGCUGCAAGUGUGGAAAUGGAGCGCAGUGCAAUCCACGGAAUGGACAAUGCACUUGUCUGAAUGGCUGGAUAGGACCAAACUGCUUAGAAAGCAGCUUACUUACAUCCAGUCAUCAGCACUACAGAGGGAAGAGGAAGAAUGAGCCACAACGCAGUGCUCCAGUAUGACAACUGCAAAACAUGUCCUGUAUCUUAAUGUUAAUUUAGGCUUAUAAAAAGCCUAACUGUGCACUAUGAAUCUGUCUCCAGAACAGAAAUUGGAACUUUUUUUGCAUACCUGAGCAAACUUGAUAUUAAGAAUGGGAAUUUAUAUAUAUAUAUAUAUAUAUAUAUAUAUAUAUAUAUAUAUAUAUAUAUAUAUAUAUAUAUUUGCAUAGAUGAAAGAUGCACAUAGACAUGAAACUUUGCUAAUGACCCACUGCGAAGGAGAAACCAAUGAUGAUGGAGAAAAAGUGGCUAAUGAACUUCAUUCAACUUCAAACAUUUCAAAGUUGUAUAAAAUAUGUAUGGAUAUGUUUAUAUACAGUAUUUGUAUAAUUAUGCAAAUGUUUUGUAAUGUCAUUUGUAUCAUUUGUAUUUACAUUGACAUUGCCAGCAAAAAAUUUCUGAAGAUUUUAGAGAUUGUUUUCCCUUUAAUAACUGUUUCCUCAUUUACACAGUACUGUGCAAUGUAAAGAAAUAUAGGGUAGUGAAAUGCAAUUAUGCUGUUAUGCAAUUUUCAUAUUAAAACAAAAGUAAACAGUUCUUUUAUAUAAAUAUAUAAUAUGUACAUAAACAUUAAAAAUGUAUAUUGCACAAUA